GAUAAGCGGUUCUGAAAAUGUGUGUGUGUGUGUGUGUGUGUGUGAUUUUUACAUGUACAUCAGAGGCUUAAAUCCCGGAUCAACCCGAUUCAUAUGUAAACCCCGCCCACAUAGAGCCCACGGCAAGCAGAACAGCGAUCCGGGAAACGAUGACGUCAGCGCGUACAUAUCUAGCAUGUGAGUGUGAGUGGCAUUUCGUGCGGGUUCGCGACAGAAAUAGUGACAGUCCGACCCGUUUGGAGUGACGCCGGUUAUGUCUCGGAACCACGGUCCAAACAUGCACUCACUAAGGAACUUGUUGCUGGGCCAGUGGUUGUGCGGUGAGCGGCUGAGUGGGAAAACUGUGCUCGUUACCGGAGCCAACAGUGGCAUUGGGAAAGAAACGGCCAGGGAUCUGGCCAAGAGGGGCGCCAGAAUCAUUUUGGCCUGCAGGGAUAUGGCAAAGGCAGAAGCCGCCCAGAAAGAGAUUAUCGAAGACUCAGGGAAUCAAGACGUUGUCAUCAGGAGGCUUGAUCUAUCUGACAUCAAGUCAAUCAGAGAAUUUGCAGAGAUAAUUAACAAGGAAGAAAAGCAAGUCAACAUACUCAUCAACAAUGCGGGAAUAAUGAUGUGCCCCUACUCUAAGACUGUGGACGGCUUUGAAAUGCAGUUUGGAGUAAACCACCUAGGUCACUUCUUACUUACCUACUUAUUGAGUGAUCUGAUUAAGAGAUCAGCCCCAGCUAGGAUCAUUAAUGUCUCCUCCAUGGCUCACAGCUGGGGCACCAUCAGACUGGAUGACCUCAACAGCGAGACGAGCUAUGACAGCCGCAAGGCAUACUGUCAGAGCAAGCUUGCCAACAUCCUGUUCACACGGUCUCUGGCAAAACAGCUGCAAGGAACUGGUGUGACGGCAUAUGCUCUUCACCCCGGCGUUGUGCAGACAGAACUGUCAAGGCACCUCAGUAUACCCCUUAAAUUUGCCUGGAUGGUGGGGCGACCGUUCACGAAGAACUCUGUGCAGGGUGCCCAGACCUCCAUCUACUGUGCCGUGGCGCCUGAGCUAGAGAAGGAAAGCGGUGGAUACUACAGUGACUGUGCGCCAGCGACCUGCACAAGAUCCGCUAUGGACGAAGAAAUCGCUCAGAAGCUUUGGGAACUUAGCUGCAGGAUGCUUGCAAUAACGUGGGAGUAAAAGCAGAAAUGCAAGUGUAUUUUCCAAAUUGUGGAACUGAGUGUUCCAAAUUGUGGCAGUUUAAAUGCUUUACAACAGUUAGAACAUUUAUUGUAAAAACUGACCAACUUUGUGCAAAGGUGAUUUAUUGAACUUUAGCUUUUCUGUAAGAGAAGCAGUUUCA